UAAAUAACUCAUCCUUUAGAUUCACCUUUGGCCCGUCAAAGUCCCCGGAGAGAGGGAGAGAGGGAGGAGGACAGGUUGAAGCUAUACAGGAGGUAACAACUAAGCAGUGACAGGUGAGCGGCUCCUUUGGACUGAGUCACCGAGCAGAGACAAACUGGCCAUGGCUGGUUACAAGCCGAAGGUGAUUUCUCUAACCAAGAGGCCGGGUCAGACGUUUGGCUUCUUUCUGAGGGUGGAACAUGGCGAGGAGGGUCACCUGGUUCGCUGCCUCGAAAUGGGAGGUCCAGCAGAACUAGCUGGCAUUAAAGACGGAGACCGCAUCAUCCGGGUCAAUGGGACAUUUACUGAUGAACUGUCCCAUUCGGUGGUGGUGGACCUGGUGAGAAACAGCGGAGCAUCCGUUACGUUCCACAUCCUGGACGAAGCAUCCUACAAGCAAGCAAAAGCACAGGGAGUUAACCUGUCCAAGCCUCAGAGUGCACCAGUCGCCAACGGUGUGACCAAACAGGCUCCAAAACCCAAACUCUGCUACCUGGUCAAGUCCAGCUCAGAAUAUGGGUUUUCACUUCGUUCAGUCAAAGGUCAGCAGGGUUUGUUCAUGACAGAGGUGAUCCCAGGAAGCGUGGCUGACAGAGCCGGGGUCAAAGUCAACGACCGUCUGAUGGAAGUCAACGGAGAGAACAUAGAAGACUCCACGCACGACCAAGUUGUGGACAAGAUCAGGCUGGCGGGCAGCAGCUUCAUGUUCCUGUUGGUUGAUGAAGAAACAGACAGGUACUAUCAGAACAAGCAUAUGAAGAUAGAAGCAAGGCUAGCGACAGCAAAUCACCUCCCUCACAAGCCAUGCUUAAUCAAAAUGACCAAAGGACCGGAUGGAUAUGGCUUCCUGCUCAAGGAGGAGCCCAAGCGGAGAGGACACUUCAUCCGGGAGAUAGACAGAGGCAGCCCAGCAGAAAGGGCAGGCCUGAAGGACAUGGACAGACUGGUGGCUGUGGACAGCCAGGAGGUGGACAGCUGCAGCCAUGAGCAGGUGGUGGACAGGAUCCGGCAGAGUGGCAACAACUGCUGCCUCCUGGUGGUGGACAAAGACGCGGAUCGAAUGUUUGAGCAGGGGAAAGUGUCUCCAAUGCUUUUCUGGGACGAUAUGAAGGAUUCCAAUUCACCACCCAGUUACACAGAGGCCAUCAAUUUACCUGCUCCUGUCCAACCGUCCACGCCUGUUCAGAAGAGGGAAGAGGAGCUCAAACCCAAACUCUGUAAGAUGGAGAAGACCCCAGUAGGGUAUGGCUUUCAUCUUAAUGGCAUCCAAGGCGUGUAUGGACACUACGUCAAGGUGGUGAAGGGUGGAGCAGCCGACAGGGCAGGCCUGGAGGAUGAGGACAUUGUGAUAGAGGUGAACGGGGUGAACGUGGAACAGAGCAGCCACGAGGAGGCGGUGGAGAUUAUCCGCAACAGUGGCAGCUCUCUGGAGAUGCUGGUGGCCAACAGGAGCGUCUAUGAGCAGGUCAAGGCUAAAGACGCGACCAUCACUCGCCCGCUGCCCGGGGAAACAUUCAAUGUUCAAGUUCACACGGCAGACACUCCGGAGAGCAGCGACGAGGGGAAACAUCGUGAGGAGGCCAGACCUGAAACCCCAACUGAACAAGCACGAGAGAGGAUCUCAUCAGUGUCGUCAACUUCAUCUGAAGACGGUGUCGAUGAGAGACUCUGAGAAGUCACCUUGAGGACAUGUUCCCUGAUUGGGCCUUUUUGAAGUUGAUCCUGUGUUUUUUGUUUUUAAAUCAGCUCUGUGAGCUUCAAUUCUUCAAAAUAAUAUCACACGAGACACCAAGAAAAAAACACAACUAGGAAAAUAAAGACUUGAAAUUCACUGUCACCGAUGUACUGCAACUUUGAAUCGUAGAAGAAUAGCUGCAUCAGAUGUAUGAAAUGGAUAAGAACCUGUUUGUGAAAACUGUCUAUCUACAAUGUUGCCUGUGAAUCUUCCUUGUUCUCUAUGGAAAAAUAAACUGCUGCCUUUAUUUUAAUCA